CAUGAUAAUGAGGUGCGAAUGUCGUGCUCGACCCGGUGCUAGUAUUUCCGCGUCGGCGACCUUUCCACGACACAUUCUAGAUGCUCUCCUCAGUCUUGCGACGUAGUCUAGCUCAACCCGCUAGAAAUUUCACAAUGGGAGCGGUUGAGGGCUUCACGGGCUCUGUCGGUAACACGCCUCUGAUCUACCUAAAGACACUGUCGGAACAGACUGGGUGCAGCAUAUUGGGCAAAGCCGAGUUCCAAAAUCCUGGUGGAAGUAUCAAGGAUCGUGCAGCCGUUGGUAUUGUACUUGAUGCUGAGAAGAAGGGUCUCAUAAAACCAGGUGGAACUGUGGUGGAGGGUACCGCAGGUAAUACUGGCAUUGGGUUGGCGCAUGUCUGCAGAGCCAAGGGUUACAAAUGCGUGAUUUUCAUGCCGGAUACUCAGAGCCAGGAGAAGAUUGACCUUUUGCGCAUGCUUGGGGCAGAGGUUUACCCAGUACCUGCGGUGCCGUACGAGAACCCGAGGAACUACAACCAUCAGGCAAAGGAGUAUGCGCAAAAACUGGAUAAUGCGAUUUGGACAGACCAAUUUGACAACACGGCAAAUGCUUACGCUCAUUAUGUCACGACUGGUCCGGAGAUAUGGGAUCAAACAGAAGGAACGGUGGAUGGCUUUGUCUGCUCCACCGGUACUGGUGGUACUCUGGCUGGCGUCGGCAAAUAUCUGAAGGAGAAAAGCGACGGAAAGACACAGAUAUGGCUGGCUGACCCGCCAGGGCAGCGUUUUGUACACCUCGUCGAGCGAACGGGCAGUUCAAUCACGGAAGGUAUUGGUCAGGGGCGUGUCACCGCGAACUUGGGGACUUUCAUCGAUGGGUUGGACGGUGCGCUUCAUGUGCCAGAUGAGCAGUCGAUAGCGAUGCUAUAUGAACUGUUGGACACGGAAGGGCUGUAUGUCGGUGCGAGUACAGCGCUAAACGUGGUAGCCGCUGUCGAGCUUGCACGGAAACUUGGAAAGGGAUCCCGUGUGGUCACUGUCCUUUGUGACGGUGCGUAUCGCUAUCAGAGCCGGUUGUUUUCAAAGAGGUGGUUGCAGUCAAAGGGACUGUUUGAUGCUAUACCAGAACAUCUAAGGAAGUACGUCGUGUUAGAUUAGGCUGUGUAGUACGCCUAUGUAGUUCUAGUGUAAUGCACACAUAUCGAUGUAGUGUCACGCUUCCGGUAGGCGCGUG